AUGCUAUGGAGCGGUCUACCACUCCUGUUCAGAUUGGAAAAAAAUAAUCAAAUGAGACCAAAUUCCAACAUCUUUCUAGUACCCAUCAUGGUGUUCAACUAUCCAUUUCCAAGCCCCACCACAUCAGCUAGAUACAAAUUUUCAGCUUGCAGAGAUGGAGAUAGAGAUUACACAGAAAUACAUUUAUAUAAGCUGUACGCGGGUAGAGCCGCGGACAGAAAGAAG